GCAUGGGCGGCCCGCGGGCCUGGGCGCUGCUCUGCCUCGGGCUCCUGCUCCCGGGAGGCGGCGCCGCGUGGAGCGUCGGGGGAGCCGCGUUCUCCGGACGCAGGAACUGGUGCUCAUAUGUGGUGACUCGCACUAUCUCAUGCCAUGUGCAAAAUGGCACCUAUCUUCAGCGAGUGCUGCAGAACUGCCCCUGGCCCAUGAGCUGCCCGGGGAGCAGCUACAGAACCGUGGUGAGACCCACGUACAAGGUGAUGUACAAGACAGUGACUGCCCGCGAGUGGAGGUGCUGCCCUGGGCACGCGGGGGUGAGCUGCGAGGAAGUUGCAGGCUCCUCUGGCUUCGUGGAGCCUGGCUGGUCCGGCCACACCAUGCGGCGGAUGGCGCUUCGGCCCAUGGCUUUCUCAGGUUGUCUCAACUGCAGCAAAGUGUCAGAGUUGACAGAACGUCUGAAGGUGCUGGAGGCCAAGGUGGCCAUGCUGACAGUCACAGAGCAGGCAGUGCCCCCAACCCCAGCUACCCCUAAGGACCCUGCCCCGCUCUGGGGCUCCCCAGCUGCCCAGGGCAGCCCUGGAGAUGGAAGCCUCCAGAACCGAGUCGGUGCUCGAGGGCUGCCUGGGCCCCCUGGCCCCAAGGGAGAUGUCGGCAGUCGGGGCCCAAUGGGGAUGAGAGGUCCACCAGGUCCACAGGGCCCCCCAGGGAGCCCUGGCCAGGCUGGAGCUGUGGGCACCCCUGGAGAGAGGGGACUUCCAGGCCCUCCUGGCCCUCCUGGUCCUCCUGGGCUCCCAGCCCCUGUUGGCCCACCCCAUGCCUGGAUCUCCCAGCAUGGGGACCCAUUACUGUCCAACAUCUUCACUGAGACAAGCCACUGGCCCCAGAGACCCACUGGCCUCCCAGGCCCCCCAGGGCCCAUGGGUCCCCCUGGACCUCCUGGCCCCACAGGUGUCCCUGGGAGUCCUGGAAACAUGGGACCUCCAGGCCCCACUGGACCCAAAGGAAUCUCUGGCCACCCAGGAGAGAAGGGCGAGAGAGGACUGCGUGGGGAGCCUGGCCCCCAAGGCUCUGCGGGGCAGCGGGGAGAACCUGGCCCCAAGGGAGACCCUGGUGAGAAGAGCCACUGGGGGGAGGGGUUGCACCAACUACGCGAGGCUUUGAAGAUUUUAGCUGAGAGGGUUUUAAUCUUGGAAACAAUGAUUGGGCUCUAUGAACCAGAGCUGGGGUCCGGGACAGGCCCUGCCGGUACAGGCACUCCCAGCCUCCUUCGGGGCAAGAGGGGAGGACACGCAGCCAACUACCGGAUCGUGGCCCCCAGGAGCCGGAAUGAGAGAGGCUGAGGGCAGUGGCGGCCCCUCAGGGUAGACCAGGCCAGGCUUCCCUUCCCAGCCUGGACUUGGCCAGCUGCCUCCAGGCACCGCCCCUCCAUAUUUAUUAACAUCCUCAGGGUCCCUUCUGCCAUCUAGGCCUUAGGGGUAGGCAGGUCUCAGUCCUGGCACCCAAUAUAUGUCUGAGGCUGAGCAGGGACUGGGGCCUGAGAGGGAGGCGGCAGUCCAGGCACAAGGCAAGGCCUCACUCAGGGUCCUGGGCCUCAGUUUCCCUCUGUGAAGUGGGGUGAUGUAGGCCUUCAAGGAGGGGGUGGAGACUUCUUGUCUUCUCAUCAGCCAUCUGAGCAUCCAGGCCCAAAGGCAUGGAGGGAGUUGGAGCUGGAGCUCUGCCUGGCCCUCAGCACAUGCAGGGAUAACAGAGAAGCGGAGGCAGUCUCACUUCCCCGCUUUCCCAGCCAAACUUUGGGGAGUCUCCUUGCAUCCCUCCUCUCCUUGUUUUCUGGUGCUGGGUUCCCAACCCUGAGGUCAUGCUGACUGGAUGUUCAGGGGCUCCUUGCCUCAGUUCUGCCCCCUGAUCCCCCAGCCCCUCCCCAGUGCCCCAGGUGGGGAGUGGGGACAUGGAGAAGAAGGGGCCACUUGUUCCUACAGAUGCUUUGACAGACACCAGGAGGUAAAUGUAUACUGGCCAAUAAAGGCCCCUACCUGAUUCCCAGCCA